AUGCCCACACGCCGGGGAAUUACCAACACCCUGACAGGCGUCCGCAAUACCACUACUGCCACCUCUACCAAUUCUAACGGGAAUACGGUGUCCCAUACCAGUGCGAAUACCACUAGUAACAGCAACAGCCUUAGCAAUCCGAACACGAAUGGCAACUGUAACAGUAACAGUAACAGGGACGACCCGAAGCUCAGUGACCCGUCUUCAUCGAGUCUCCCCUACACGGCGGAGGAAAGGGCUUUUCUUUCCAGUCUGAGUGCAUCGUCCAUUUCGGAGAAUUUGACGAAUUUGAAUGCGACGUGGGCGUCAGGGACAGGGUUGGAUCGGCUCAUAGGGGUGACUGAAAAGGUGCUCGCGAUGGCAGCGGAGCGGCAUCAGGCUGAAUAUCAUCAAUCUCGAAAAACUACCACCUCGUCUUCUUCGCACCUGGGAAGGAGUGGAAGGGAAAGCGAUCCGCUCCUGGAGGAGAAUUCGGGGAAAUCUGGCGGUGGACCAGGGUUGAACCCCACGACGGCGGCAACCGCGAUGGAGAUUUGUGGGGUUUCGUCCUUUUCCUCCCCCUUGACGCCCGUGCAAUUUGAGGAGGAGAACGCGUACAUUAUUGAACAACUUCGCGAACUUCUCGAGUGCCCGUUUACGAUUCAGCGGCUUGUGGAAAUUUUAGAAAACCCUUUUAAACAUUAUGGCAGCGCGAAAGACUGCAUGUUGCGGGCGGAGGCCCUACAAAAAGCGAUUCGUCGAUGUGUAAUGGUAACCUAUCCUUUUACUGUAAUUAAUGACAAUGAUCAUAAUCAUGAAAAGGUCUGUGAAAAUAAUUCUCAGAAUCAUACGGAAAGCUGUGAAGCCACUACUACACCAACAACGAAAGCGCUAUCGAAUAUAUAA